GCAGAGACCAGGCUGUGUUCUCAGAUCGCAGGGGGUGCUGUGGUGAACCGCUGUGACUCUCAAGUUAAGGAGCCGGUGUUGAGGAAGAUAGUCCUCAGUAACUUUCGCUGACCAUUUUAAAAAUUCAACAACCGCCGUGGGCAUUACUAACAGAAUGGUGAGCAGUCUGUCACUCUAGGCGUUACACAGAGGUUUCCCGUUCCCACCAAUCACCGAGCCCGCACGUACACAAGCUGUAUAUAAAGCUCCCGAACCCGAGACCAAAGACACGGCCUCCGGACAAUCAAGAAUCCAAGAUGCGGAAAGGACAACUCAACUUUAUCGUCUGCUUCUUAGCAACGGUAGUCUUGCCGACAUCUUUCGGAUUAAUUGAAGAAAUACAAACACCCCGUGAUAUCCUCGAAUGUCUGAUCUACAAAUCUCAGAACUCAACCAUAGGCGAAGUUUCAGGAAGAACGAUCCAAGAUUUCUGCAUCCGUAAAUACACCCUGGACACCCAGAGCGGCAAAGAGAACUUCGCCAAGAACAUUUCUACUGAAGGUGUGCAGUACCUUAAGUCCCUGUUUAGACAGCUAGAAUCAGAGGUUCACGAUCAGAAACGAGGAAAAAGACAAGCAGGAACCUGGAGAGUCCGAAGAGAGAUCAGAACACUCAGCGAUGCCGAGAGAAACAACGUUUUCCAAUGCUUAAGAAGACUCAAGGGCGACUAUUCUAUUGAUCCCAGAAUGAGUACAUAUGACCUGAUCGCCUCGCUUCACUCCGGACAGGCUGCCCGCAUGAUGCACAAUGGACCCGCCUUCCUUCCCCGCCACAUGGUUUAUCUCCUGGUAAUGGAAACUGCCUGUCGGGUACCCAUGCCUUACUGGGACAUGACUACUGACAGCGAGAUGAUGGACCCCACCACCUCCAUCGUUUGGUCUGAUCUCUUCUUUGGACCCGGCAAUGGACCAGUUCUGACUGGACCCUUUGGAAGAUUCAGAACCCCCACUGGAACCCCAAUCAUCAGAAACAUUGGAUCAGGUGGAGCUUCUCUGGCUAGAAAAGCUGGAAUCAGAGCCUUGCUGUCCAGGAGAAGAACAUUUGAGAUCUCCGAGCCACAGCCAGCUCAAAGCAUUUUCUCUAUCGAGGUUCAUCACAAUGGCGUCCAUAACUACAUCGACGGUUACAUGUCUGGUCUUAACACAGCUUCUUGGGACCCAGUCUUCUGGUUCAUCCACUCUUUCUUCCAACUUCUGUGGGUUGCCUUCAGAAACGGUCAAAGAGCUAACGGCAUCAACCCAGAGAGGGAUUACCCAAGAGGCGUUCGAGUUCCAGCUGGUCAUGAAUUUUACCAAAGAAUGAAUUUUAUGCCAUUCAUGCGAAGAAUCACGAACUUGGAAGGAUUAUCCAACAGGUAUGACCGUAUUGUCCAGUAUGCUCCCAUGCCAAGAUGCCCGGCUUGUGGAGGUAGCCCGUUCCUUGUUUGUCUCCGAGGCGUAUGCGUGUCCAGGUCCAGCAGAAGAGCACCUGUUUUCUUCAGAGGAAAACGAAGCGCUGGCACUUCAGGGGAUCAGUUGGCCGAUGAAAAUGUUAACCCCAACACCACUAAUUUAAUUCAAUCCAAUGAAGCAGCUCUCUCAACGCUAAAUAAGCCCUACCAGAAUACCUUUAUGAUCGACGGAAAAAUUGAUGAGGAUGCUUGGGCUUACAUUCCUAUUAGGGUCUUAUACGAAAGACCAAAAGGCUUUAACUUUCAUACCACAUCACCAGGAGCUACAAAAAGAGAUAUGUACGAUCCUGAAAACUUUAAGAAUGAAGCAAAGAGAAUAGGACUUCACAAUGAAGUACAGUACAAGCAACAGUGCACUCCGUCUGGAUCCGGAGCAGCAAAGGUUUUCGUGCAGUCUAAUGGACUCAAUUACGCAGGCAAAUACAAAGAUUAUGCAAUCGUCGAUGAAAGGCAACCAGUAACAUCAGCAAUUACUUAUGUAGGAUUUAAGAAGCCUUCAACAUCCGAUUCAGAGGUUAUUUUAACAGCUUACGAUACCUGUGGGCGCAUCUGUCGACCCGCUUGUCCAGUGUAUGGUCAUCAUCGCGAAUCCUAUAGAGCGUGCUCAGGUAGCUUCCGAAUUUCCUCCAAAUCACCUCUUAUGUUUAGUCUAAAUUACGGAAGCGCCGUGUCCUCUACAUGGAAUGUUAGGGAGAUGGAACCAGGAUGUAAGAGUAGUCAAUCCCUACCGAUCACAUUUGUAUGUGACCACCAAAAUUCCUGGCCAUGGGAAUCAAAACUGUGAUAAACUUAAGGGUAACAUCUUCAAAGUAUUAACCAAAAACCUCAGAGAGAAUUCAAUCCAUGCAAAUAGUUUUUCUGUAUAAAUUUUAAUUAUAACAGUUUGUCUCAUCUUAAACUACAUCAAGCAGUAACGAAAUAUGUACCUUAUUUCAAUCGUUGAUAUGAACAGAUAAUUUUUUUUCAUUGUAAUCAAAAGGUUUAAUUGUACCUAAACGUAUUAAUUUUAGUUGUUAAAUACCGCUACUCAUAAUGAGUGUCUUUUUCUUCCCUCCAUUUGUGUCUGAUUGUGCAAGUCUUUCAGUUUGUAUAAUUUAUUUGUCGAGUGAGUGCCUGAGACUGAAUGUACUGUGGCAGUGAAUUGUGAAUGCUUUGUGAAUAUAAUCAAAUAAAAUCCUAUGAGAAUGUUAA